GUGUAAACCCUUCAACGGAGGGCUUUACUCGUUGCUGGACGCGGGGGAGCAUUGCUUCUCUUCCAACAGAGAUUAGGGUUUCUGAGCUGCUGAAAUGGCCAGCGGGGAAGAAGAGGCAACAACGUUCCUGAGCCGCGCUGCAUCCUCUUUGCCUCCUCCGCAUGCUAUCCGUGAUUUGCUAUUCCAUGGGGUAUGCGUUCGAUGCAUUUUCCGCUUGUUUGGGGUCAGUGAAUAUGAUGACUCAUGCCCACUUCUGAAAGCUUCAACAUUGCUCUCACUUCUUAAAGAGCGAAGGAACAUCCCCAAUGCUAUAUCUGAGAAUGGUUCAAUUGCAAAUGGUCUUACCCAGUGCCCAUAUGAUCCACAUGCUUCAGGGAAUGAACAACCAUAUUGUAGUGUUUGUUUAGGCAUCUUGCAGUUUACUAAUGGCCAUGAUCAAGAUUUGAGAACAUGUGAGGGUAACUCAGUCAGUGUCCUUACAAGUGCAAUCACUGAAAUACUCAAGAAAGAGGCUCACCAAAUUGAUGGGUUUUCAAUUGAAAUAUCCCUACCACCUGUUGUGUCUGCUAAUGACCGUGCUGUCUGGUUAUACAUGAAAAGGAGGUAUGCUUCUGAAGAGUGGUUCAUAGGUAAGUUACUCUCUCAGCAAAUUUCUGUGAAGGAUGCGUUGAGAUCAUUGGUGACUACUUCCCUUGAAAGCUGCUUGGGUGUUAAAUCCAGUAGCAGCUCUUUUUGUAUUCGCUUGACUUACAUCCAUGAAGAAGCUUCAAGUAAACUUCAAUGCUCCAUGCAAAAAUUUCAUGGGUUCAAGAUAAGAAAAACAGAGACAUACUGCAAGGAACACAUGGUUGAUGACUUGUGUGGGAAAAAUGAAACGAUUUCUGGUGAAUUCCAUAGAUGUGACUCUGAUGCAGUUGUUCACUGCACACUCAAUGCCAUGCAAGAUGAUGCUUUCUCUGAGCUAUUCAUGCUUCCACCAGAGAAGACCAACAAUGGCUGCAAGUUGACAAUUAGCUGCUACAGACUGACCGUGUAUAUUGGUGGCAGGUACUUGAAGUUCUCUAGAAGAGUUAGUCAGUCUCGCUGGAUGAUUGAGGAUGAAAGAAUGGGGGAAGCAUCUGUUGAGGAGAUCAUUGGGAGCAACACUAUUCUGGUUUGUGGAGGUGAUAGCUACAAGUUCCAUGCUGCUGGAAGAGAAGAUAUUGAUGUGAGAAUGUUGGGAUCUGGGCGGCCCUUCCUAGUUGAAGUUUCAAAUGCUCGUGUAAUGCCUUCCAUGGCCAACAUUCAAGAAAUAGCUGACAAGAUCAACAAUUCCAAUGAUAAAUAUGUCGCAGUGAGAAAUCUUAAGCUGGUUGGCAGUGAGGCAUGGAAUUUGUUACGAGAAGGAGAGGCUGAGAAACAGAAGCAAUAUGCUGCUGUGGUAUGGAUUUCUCGUCCAGUGACAGAAGAGGAUUUUAACAAAAUAUCUUCUAUUAAGAACUUGGAUGUUUUGCAAAAGACCCCUGUUCGUGUUCUUCAUCGCAGAAGUCCUAUGGAUCGCAAGAAGAUCAUACAUUGGAUGAUGGUUGACAAAAUUGUAGGCACCAGCCAGUAUUUUCUCUUGCACCUUUGCACCCAGGCUGGAACAUAUAUAAAGGAAUUUGUGCAUGGAGAUCUUGGGCGUACCCAUCCUAGCCUUGGUUCCAUCCUUGGAUGCAGAGCCGAGAUUUUGCAGCUUGAUGUUACUGAUGUGAAGAUGGAUUGCUUCGACUGAAUGACUAUAAACCGAAGACCUUCCCCGUAAAAGAAUACGUCUGUCAAAUGCAGCACCCAGUUGCCCAUGCAGCUGUUCAAUUUUGCUCCAUUUUAUUGACGGGUUGUCAAUGGCAGUAUUUUUUUUUUUUUUGACAUAAUGAGCUGUCAAUUUUACUUGUUAAAAUACAUUGCUGUCUAUUUGAUCUAUUCGCUUUGGUUCUGCAAUUGCCAUUAGUUUUGAGAGAGUGCCUAAUUUGGAUUCUCAUGUGUUUGUAGAAGGUGGUUUCACCAUUGUCAAAUCAUAAGCAAAAUUAACUUUGUACAAAAUUUUAUGGGAGCAAUCUCAGUUGGGUAUCA